UGUUUUUUUUUUUUUUUGUGCAUAUUAUUUAGCACAGUAGCUAAGCGAUUUGCACGGAGGCAGGAACACAGGAUUACAAACAGGGAUGCUGUUAUAACCGAUAGCUACAGAGUCGAUAGCUCUUUUCUUAGUGAGUGAAAUGAGAGAAAGGUCAAUAGAUAUCUGUUCAUACUGAGUUUCUUUCUUCAGGGCUGUGACUUCUUCCUUGUUCCUUGUGAAGAAGAGUUGUACAGGUCAUGGCGGGGGAACGGAGACGUCUUCUGCCCCAUGGAGCAUACAGAGUUUUGGGGGACAGUGUAGACUCCAGGAAGGAGUCCAUGUCUGAGGACCAAGCCUCCAAUUCCAAUCCCCGUAAACUCAACACUUUCUUUGGGGUGAUGGUGCCCACCAUCCUGUCCAUGUUCAGCAUCGUCCUCUUCCUGAGGACAGGUUUUGUCAUUGGCCAUGCUGGUCUUCUCCAAGGACUGCUCAUGUUGGUUGUGGCAUAUUUCAUCAUCUCCUUGACCAUCCUGUCAAUCUGUGCUAUCUCUACCAAUGGGGCGGUGCAGGGGGGCGGAGCUUACUAUAUGAUCAGUCGUUCUCUAGGGCCGGAGUUUGGAGGCAGCAUUGGCCUCAUGUUCUACCUAGCGAAGGUGUGCGCAUGUGGCGUGUACGUGCUUGGGCUGGUGGAGGCCAUACUAAACGUUUUUGGACAGGAUCCAGCGGUCGGUGUGCCAGAAGGACUGCGUGUCCUGCCUCAGGGUUACUGGUUCUCUGUGCUCUACUCCUCUGUGCUGCUGCUCAUCUGUUUGGUCAUUUGUCUGGUCGGCGCUCACAUCUACGCCAAAGCCUCCUUCCUCAUCCUGCUGGUGGUGACGCUGGCCGUGUUGUCGAUCCUCGUCAGUCCACUGAUUGUCGGGCCACACAACUUCACCUUCACACACACGCUCGGCCGGAACAACACGGUCACACACAACUCCAGCUACACAGGCUUUAACAGCAACACACUCACCAACAACUUGUGGUCGGGCUACUCAUUAGACUUCAGUACAAACAGGAUGAUGUCAUUUUCCACGGUCUUUGCGGUGAUGUUCACCAGCUGCACUGGGAUCAUGGCAGGGGCUAAUAUGUCAGGCGAGCUGAAAAACCCGAGCGAAGCCAUUCCAAAAGGCACCAUCAUGGCAGUUCUGUACACCUUCACCGUCUAUUUACUUCUCUUCUUCCUUGUCAGCUCCACCUGUGAAAGGGUGUUGCUGAUUAAUGACUUUGCCGUAUUCCAGCAAAUAAACGUCUGGCCUCCGUUUGUAAUCAUCGGCGUUUACUGUGCCUCGCUAUCUGCAGCCAUGUGCUCGCUAAUUGGAGCUUCGCGCAUCCUACAUGCUCUUGCAAUUGACCAGCUCUUUGGCUUGCCCUUGGCCCCUGCUGCCGUCACCUCACGCUCAGGAAACCCCUGGGUCUCUGUACUCUACACCUGGGCACUGGUGCAGUGCACAGUGUUUGCAGGUCAGCUGAAUGUGAUCGCAGGUUUGGUGACUGUUUUCUAUCUGCUGUCCUAUGCUGCAGUAGAUCUGGCCUGUCUGGCAUUAGAGUGGGCAUCUGCGCCCAAUUUCAGGCCAACGUUUCAGUACUUCUCAUGGCACACAUGCCUGCUGGGCUUGCUGGGCUGUUUGGUGAUGAUGUUCGUGAUAAAUCCAGUAUACUCGUCAGCCAGCAUUGUGGUGUUGCUGCUGUUGCUGCUCUUCCUACAUUAUCGAUCGCCUACAAGCAGCUGGGGCUACAUCAGUCAGGCGCUCAUCUUCCAUCAGGUGCGGAAGUAUUUGCUGAUGCUAGACUCGAGGAAGGACCAUGUGAAGUUCUGGAGGCCACAGGUGCUUCUCAUGGUGGCCAACCCUCGUUCUUCUUGCCAGCUCAUCUGCUUUGUCAACCAGUUAAAAAAAGGAGGCCUGUUUGUUCUGGGGCACGUGCAGAUCGGAGACCUGGAUCUCAUUCCAACAGACCCUGUCCAGCAGCAGUAUAAUUUCUGGUUGAGUCUGGUGGAUAAACUGGGUGUUAAAGCAUUUGUAGACCUGACCCUCUCUCCUUCAGUCAGGCAGGGCACUCAACACCUACUGCGCAUCACUGGACUGGGAGGAAUGAAGCCAAACACGCUAGUUCUUGGUUUCUAUGACAACUGUUACCCAGAGGACUAUUUCCUUCAGGAUCCUAAGUUCUGUAGCGGUGCAGUGGAUGGUGCCGGUUUUAUUGGAGAUGAAGGGGACAAUUUUGGUGUGGACCUCCCUUCCCUACAGGCCCACUUUCCUCCUGUGCGUCAUGCAGACAGCCCACGUUGGCUUCAGCCAGAUGAGUAUGUAGGCAUUAUCUCUGAUGCCAUCAAAAUGGGCAAGAACGUGUGCCUGGGUCGCUACUUCUACCAGCUCCCGCCUGAAAGCAAAGGAAAAGGCACAACAUCUGCGAAAAGCGGAGAUUCUGCUCCUGAUGUGAUUGACGUAUGGCCAUCUAACCUGCUAAGUUGUGGCGGAAACCAAAGUUACGUUGAUGUAUGCAGCCUCUUCCUGCUACAGAUGGCUUGUGUCUUAAACAUGGCUGCUGGGUGGCGCCGUGCACGUUUGCGUAUUUUUCUCUGUGUGGAGUCAGAGUCUGGAGACCAGGGCUGGCUGGCCAAAGAGGAACGCUUCAGGGAGCUGCUUGGGAAGCUGAGAAUCCGUGCCACUAUUAAGAUUGUGCCGUGGGAUCCUGUGGUGCGGCUGCUGGGAGGAAGCGACGGUAGUGUACCCCCUGUUGUGACUGAGGAAUUUCUGUGUGCAGUCAACAGGCUUUUGAAAGAACACAGCACUUCCGCUGCAGUUCGCUUUCUCUAUUUGCCCCGUCCACCUUCCGAUUUCAACCAAUCACAGCAGUACCUGGCACAACUGGAUACCCUCACUCAAGGACUUGGUCCCACUCUUCUGAUUCAUGGUUUGACCCCUGUUACAUGUACUGAGCUUUAAGUGAACGAAACUAUCGAAUUAAAUGUAAAAGGAAUUCACAGGAAACCAAAUAUUAGGCCAAACUUCCUGAGAAAAUACAUGUUUGGUGUUUGUCCUGUGCUUCUUUUAGUUUCAUAAUGGAACUAACUAUCUGUGUUAAGUAAUGUGUUUCACCAAUUUAACGCCAUUAACAUUUUUUUUUUCCAAAAAUAGUGGGGACCAUCAUAUGUACCAAGUUAAUUUCAGAGUGGAGGUGGGGUCUAGAGUCUGGAGUAAUUGUGUAUACUGGUGUCAUAGCUGUAUACUAAACAGGGUCCACACCAAACGUGCUGAUCAGUUGUAACUAUUAGACGUAAGGGAAAAACCGUGCAUUUGCUAAACCAUCCCUUUAAAACACUUAGACAUGCGUGCUUACUUAACACUGCAGGUGCUUCUUGUUACUUGGGUAAUCUUCUUUGUUCUCGAUCAGCACGUGUUUGUUCUCUUCUUCAUUUAUUAUGUCGUUUAUUUAUUUAAAAGGAUAAACUGAGCCAAAAAAUAAAUCACUGUUAUGCUACGUAAAGGGGAACAAACACUAACGACUUUUAUUCAAGCACCGUCCGUCAAUUUCAGAGCAAAGUGCACCGAAAACCUCUUUUAUUCCAGCUGUGCUUUACGUGUAACUGCCUGCUUUACUUUCCCAUAGCUUUCUAGACUGGUACAGGUUUGUGUUGUCUGCUUUAACACAUUCCCAUCCUCACAGGCAGACUGCUGGACCUGGACCCUCGGUGUUAUCAGGCCAGUGCUUCGGUUCCUUAUCCAAGACUUUUAGUGUUUAACAACUCCUUAAAGGAACAUUAGAGUUUUCAGACUAAACUUUAUCUACACCCCAAACAAGCCUAUUCGUUGUACAACACUUCAUUGUGAUGGCAAAGAAGGGGGGGAUUAUAAUGGAAUAUACUGUAAGGCUUCUCAGGAUGCUUGUUUAAUUUAGUCAGAAAUUUGUUAUAAUCUAACUAUAAAUUUCUCAGGCUUAUAUAGAAGGACGUAUGUUAGAUGUCUAUUUUAAAAAUGCAGGAGAUUUGGGGGGAAAAAAAACGCUUGAACUAUUCCUUUAAAAGCCUGAAGUGGGACAAAUGACGAGUCUAAUCGUAGGAAAAUUGUGGUAUUUAUGUAUUUGUGUAUAUAGAUAUAAUUUAUAUAUAGUAUAGCUUGUUCUGGCAAUAUAGUAAGAUCUAUUUGAGUGUUGCCUUAAAUAUGGUGGGUGUCGAUGUACAUUAGCAGUAGGUAAUUGUUUGCUUAAGUUUAUCUAGGGAGCCAAAAAUACAGUUAUAGAUGCAAACGCUUAUGUGAAUAUAGUCAUAGAUGCGCUGGUGCUGCCGCUCACCUUUAAUAUCACUGCACUUAUUGGCACCAUGUUUAGUUUGUGGUAUUGAAAUACCUCAUUUUGAGUUCUACACACAAUGAAGAAUUUUUGAACGUUAUAUGAAGUUUAUUCACGUUUGGGUUGGUUUGCAUCUCUGUAAACAUUCCUUAGGAAUCUGAUUUAAAAAAAGUCUUGUUGAUGUUCUGACUAAAUACAUCGGUCAGUCAGAGGUUACUUGUCUUACAUGUUACUUGUCGCGUGUAAUGAGAAACGUUACGGGUUUAGCUGUUAUCUUCACCACAUGGUGGGGUUAGUCUGAGUGUACAAGCCACUGCGGUUGUGUGCUUUAAUUUAAUGUGUAUUUAUAUAGAUAGAAAAAAGGUCCUGCAUUAACAAAUAUGUAUAUAUAUAUAUAUAUAUAU